CGCUGCGUGACGUCGGAGGCGCGGUUUCGCGGCGUCUGGGCGGACGCUGCGCUGAGGGGCGGGUCUGGGCGCGCGCUCCAAGAUGGCGGCGAACGUGUUCCCGUUCCGCGACGCCCGUGCUGCACCGGACCCGGUGCUGGAGGCUGGCCCGGUGGCACACGGGCUACUGCCGGUACCGCUGGUGCUGGACAACGGGUCGUUCCAAGUCCGCGCUGGCUGGGCGUGUCCCGGGCAGGACCCAGGUCCCGAGCCGCGCCUGCAGUUCCGCGCGGUGUGCGCCCGCGGUCGUGGCGGGGCACGGGGCGGGUCGGGCCCGCAGGUGGGAAACGCCCUGGGCAGCCUGGAGCCUCUGCGCUGGAUGCUGCGCUCGCCCUUCGACCGCAACGUGCCGGUCAACCUGGAGCUUCAGGAGUUGCUGCUGGACUACAGCUUCCAGCACCUGGGUGUCUCCUCACAGGGCUGCGUUGAUCAUCCCAUAGUUUUGACAGAAGCUGUGUGCAACCCACUAUAUUCACGGCAAAUGAUGUCCGAGCUUCUUUUUGAGUGCUAUGGGAUUCCCAAGGUUGCCUAUGGAAUAGAUAGCCUCUUCAGCUUCUACCACAAUAAGCCAAAGAACUCGAUGUGCAGUGGACUCAUCAUUUCAUCUGGAUACCAGUGUACACAUGUUUUACCCAUCUUAGAAGGGAGAUUAGAUGCUAAAAACUGCAAGCGCAUCAAUCUUGGAGGAAGCCAAGCAGCUGGUUACCUCCAGCGUCUCCUCCAGCUGAAGUACCCUGGGCACCUGGCAGCCAUCACCCUCAGCCGCAUGGAGGAGAUUCUGCAUGAGCACAGCUACAUCGCUGAGGAUUAUGUGGAAGAAUUACACAAAUGGCGGUGUCCUGAUUAUUAUGAGAAUAAUGUCCACAAGAUGCAGCUCCCAUUUUCCAGCAAGCUCCUGGGCAGCACCCUGACCUCUGAGGAGAAACAAGAAAGGCGGCAGCAGCAAUUGCGGCGGCUGCAGGAGCUCAAUGCCCGGCGGCGGGAGGAAAAGCUGCAGCUGGAUCAGGAGCGUCUGGACCGACUGCUAUACGUGCAGGAACUUCUAGAGGAUGGCCAGAUGGAUCAGUUUCACAAAGCUCUGAUAGAGCUGAAUAUGGACUCCCCAGAAGAGCUGCAGUCCUACAUCCAGAAGCUCAGUUCAGCAGUGGAGCAGGCUAAGCAGAAAAUCCUCCAAGCAGAAGUCAACCUCGAGGUGGAUGUGGUAGACAGCAAGCCAGAGACCCCUGACCUGGAGCAGCUAGAGCCGUCUUUGGAAGAUGUGGAAAGUAUGAAUGAUUUUGAUCCCUUGUUUUCAGAGGAAACACCUGGAGUGGAGAAGCCGGUCACUACUGUCCAGCCCGUGUUUAACUUGGCAGCAUAUCAUCAGCUGUUUGUUGGGACAGAAAGAAUUCGAGCUCCAGAGAUUAUUUUCCAGCCAUCUCUCAUAGGAGAAGAGCAGGCUGGGAUUGCAGAGACUCUUCAGUACAUUCUGGACAGGUACCCAAAGGACGUUCAGGAAAUGCUGGUUCAGAACGUUUUCCUCACUGGCGGGAACACGAUGUAUCCUGGGAUAAAAGCCAGAAUGGAGAAGGAACUGUUGGAGAUGAGACCCUUCCAGUCUUCUUUUCAGGUUCAACUUGCCUCGAACCCUGUGCUGGACGCCUGGUACGGUGCUCGUGACUGGGCCUUGGACCACCUAGAUGAUAAUGAAGUUUGGAUCACCAGGAAAGAAUAUGAAGAAAAGGGAGGAGAGUACCUCAAGGAGCACUGUGCUUCCAACAUCUAUGUCCCCAUCCGCCUGCCGAAGCAGGCCUCCCGCUCCUCAGAUGCCCAGGCAUCCAGCAAGGGUUCUGCUGCUGGCGGAGGUGGUGCUGGCGAGCAGGCGUAGCAGAGGCCCUCCAGAGAGGCUGCCCUGCACACCAUGCCCUGGGCCACGUUGGCAGCAUGACAAGACUAUGAUUGUGCUAAAUGUAUCCACCCAAGUCUGCUGGUCACAUUUGGCAGCAAAAUGGAUUUCUCCUGGGGAGAACAAAGUUAAGGGACACUGAGACCUGUCCUUCAGAAUUAGGUUCACUUGGGGGCUUCUGUGGCGAAGAGACUAACUGGCCUUCUGAUGUCUUUGUUCAACUGUGACCAGCUGUGGCAUCAGCUUCCUGUAGCAGUAAAUGAAGACAGAGUGGAGGACACAAAUGUACAAAAUGCACAAGACUGAUUUCUUACCAUGUUUUAAAAAAAUUCUUUAAAAUUUAUCUUGUCCGUGUAGAUACUUUAUUCUUCUGGAUGUAUUCAGAAAUUGCACGAAUGCCCAGCGAGGGGAGGUCUUUCAUGCAUAUGAAAAGGUAAUGUUUAUUGCCAGGCACAGUGGCACAUGCCUGUUAAGGCCCAGCUAUGUGGGAGGCUAAAGCAGGAGGAUCGCUUGAGCUCAGGAGUUGGAGGCUAUCGUGUGCUGUGAUCGCACCUGUGAAUAGCCACUGCACUCCAGCCUGGGCAACAUAGGAAGACCUUGUCUCUAAAAAGAUACAUUUUUCUGAAAGGUAAUGUUUGUGCAAUAAAAGCAGUUGCCUCAGGAACC